AUGUCUAGUAUUGUUAUUUAUAUCAGAUUAAUUGUUCAUACUUCAAUCACCAACUCAGUUGAUGUGGUUCAUUGCAUUGCCCUGAUGUGCUUGGCAAUCUUUGGAUACUCAAAAGGGAUUCGAAGGCAAAAAGGAAAGCGUGAGGUCAAGCAAACAGAUUCAUCCAAAGUCAUAGAAGAAUCUCCAAAAUCAGGUAAAUCCAAACGCAAGUGCACAAACCCUGAAGGAUGUUCCAAAAAUGCUGCCAAGCAAGAAGUACCAAACAAAAAGCAUAAAAAGGCUGUCGAAGCAGCUACUCAAGAAUUGAAAAAACUACCUAAGGAAAAAGUGCAAAAAGUGAAACAACCAGCUGAUGCCCAAAAUGGCAAACCUGAGAAGACCCAAAAAGUAAAAUCAGGAAAGAAAAACAAGAAAACUGAGGAAACUGUUGCAGCAAACGAAGAAGCUCAAGUUACCAAGAAGCAAAAGAAAAACAAGUACACCAAAUCUGAAAAUCCUGAAGCAACUGUACAGGACAAAAAAUCUAAGAAAAACAAGAAAUCCAAAAGAUCUAUUGAAGAUACUCAACUCUUAGAUGAACCUGAAAUCGCUGAAGUAGUUGAACCAAUAGAACAAGUCCAGGAGGAGGAAUCUUGCGAAAAAGUUGAAGACCAGGACGAAACUGAACACCAAGAAAAUGUUGAAGAAAAUAUUGAUGAUGAAAAUACUGAAAAUGAGGAAAAUGUAGUUUCUAAACAUGAUCAUGAAGAAGAGGCUUCGGUUGUGGAAACUUUAUAGCUCCUAAAAGACGCUUUUUGUCAACGUGAUUCACUGCAUAUGUCUGACUUAAUUUAUGUUGUAAUUAAAUAUUUAACAAAUUAGUAUCUUAAUAUAUUUAAAAUUAUUUUAAUGUUAAUGUAAAUAUCUAAAAUUA